AUGACAGACGGCCCCCGGGGGCGAGACUCCGAUGUCACGUGGGUCCCCCUCUGGGUGGGGCUCCGACGGCACGUGGGGACCCUGGGGGCGGGGCUCCGGUGUUACGGUCCGGGGUGUCCGGGGGUCCGUCGUCCGUCCCGGCGGGAGAAGGCGGCUGGGCGGGGGCCGCGGCCACAGACGGCCGGGAUGGACCCACCCUCCCAGGACCUCGGGGACCCCGGGGACCCCGGGGACCCCGGGGACCCCGACCACCGGGAGCAGGACGACGAAGAGGAUGACGACGACGACGACGAGGAGGAAGAAACAGCGGCAGAAACCGAGGACGAGUCCGACGGAAGGUUGACAGACCAUCUCCAAGAUGAAGAGGCAAAAUCCAGAGAGCAGUGUAUUAUAUCCGAUCCAUCCUUUUCCAUGGUAACCGUUCAACGUGAAGAUAGCGGAAUAACCUGGGAGACCAACUCAAGUAGAUGUUCCACCCCUUGGGCUUCGGAAGGGAGCUCAACUCCUGAUCUAUACAGUCCAGAAAGUUCAACUGUAAGUUCUCCACCUGGGGAUGUUUCAUUUAUCAUGGAUGAAGGGAGGAAGAUGCGGAAAAGGUCGCGUAAAUCAUCCAAACGCAGCUCACCAUCCCUGCGUCGGAAACGGAACAAGAAAAGCCCUUCUCCUGAGGCGCAGUCAAAAGGACUGGAGGAGUCCAAAGAUCACUCUUCCUUUUCCAAUGGAGAAAAGCCACCCAUCGGCACCUCCGAUAGAACGAGGAAAAAGAAAACAACUUCCAACACUACCCCGAUCACCGGCGCGAUAUACAAAGAGUAUAAACCAUUAGAUUUAAAGCCAGUAUAUAUAGGCACCGUACAGUAUAAAAUUAAGAUGUUCAAUUCAGUUAAGGAAGAAAUAAUCCCGCUACAGUUUUAUGGAACUUUACCAAAGGGUUAUGUAAUUAAAGAAAUCAGUUAUAGAAAGGGAAAAGAUGCAUCUGUUACUCUAGAACCAGCUUGUGACUCUACUGUACCAUUAAAGACAGAUAGGUCAUUCACACAUAAUAUUGAAAAGAAUAAAGAAAGAUGGAAUUCUGCACCCUGGAGAGAAAUAGUCUCUAAGGAGUCACGAUCAGGGUCAUCGAUGCUUAAUGGGGAAAUAAAGCAAAGAGAAACUCCAUCUCCUAAUACUGCUUAUUCCACAAACAAAGGAGCAGCCGAUAAAACACAGCCCCGUACUCCGGGAACUCCAGAAUUUAUCUCGCCACAUUCAGUGGAUGAGGUAGAGAAGAAAGAGAGGGAAUCAGAUGCUCUAGUUGCUGCACCCUCUCCACAUAAAUAUUCAGCAUCAGCAGAAGCAGCGGGAGAAGAAUCUGAGCGAGAUUCACAGAUAACUGCCACAACAGAGUCCAUUUCCAUUUCACCACUUGUAGCUCCUGGUGAAGGGAAGGAAGGUACUGAAUCAGAUUCACCCCCUGACUCCAAACCUUCUGUCUCACUUGAGGCAGAGAAGGAAGGCACUGAGUCAGAACCACCAGCAGUUAAAGCGGAAGUCUCUGCUGCAAAGGAAGACAAAGCGGAGAUAUAUUCUCUAGAAAAGGCCAAAACCGAGGCCCACCUGGGGAUACCACCAUAUCCCAUUCAGAAAGAAGAGGAAGAAAGGAUCGAUCUAGAUUUUUCAGGAGUGCUGUCUGAGCAUUCAGGUAAAGGAGAAGAAACGAAGGAAGACGCUGAACCUUUUUCACCGCUAACAGCAACAUCUGGGCCCAAUCAGUCGUAUCUGUCAGAGGAGGAAGUAAUAGAAAUUGAGUCUCCAGAAAAUCUGUCUGGGACUGAAAAUUCAGUUCCUCCAUAUGAGGUUCAUGAAAUGGAGAAGAAAGAAAUUGAGCCUGGUGACCCAUUAAUAACAACAUCUCCCUCCAAACGUGCAGUUGUAUCAGAAGGGCCAGAGGGAGAGAAAGCAUAUUCAUCAGAUUCAGCUUUUACGUCUGAAAAUGAACUAGAUAAGGAAGCUGUUGAGCCUGGUUGCUCACCGAAUGCAUCAUCUACAACUGAACAUGACAUUCUAUCAGAGGAAGACAAUGAGAAAAGGGAAGCUUUUUCACCAGACUCAGCUUCUGUAUCGGAAGAUUCGAUUCCGCCCCAUGCAACCGAAAAAGACGAUAUUGCACCCGAUUCAUCACACAGUACGAUAACCACAUCCGGACACGUCGUUCAAUCAGAACAAGAGGAUGAUGAGAUGGAAUCUUUUUCACCAGACUCAGCUUCUGUAUCGGAAUAUUCAUUUCCACCAUAUGCAGCAGGAAAGAAAGAUAUUGUGUCUGAUUCUUCACUCAGCACAAUAACAUCGACGGAACAAGUCGUCCUGACAGAAGAAGAUGGUGAGAAGAUGGAAACUUUAUUAGCAGACCCAGCUUUGGGAUCGGGAUAUUCAGUUCCACCAAAUGUACCCGAAAAGAAAGAUGUCACGCCUGAUUCUUCAAACAGUACAAUAACCACAUCCGAACAGGUCGUUCUGACAGAAGAUGCUGAUGUAGAACUUUUUUCACCAGACUCAGCUGCUGCAUCAGAAUAUUCAAUUCCACCCUUUGAAACAGAAAAGAAAGAUAAUGUGCCCGAUUCUUCACUCAGCACAAUAACUACAACGGAGCGUAUAUUCCUUUCGGAAGAAGAAGAUGAUGAGGAGGAGAUGGAACCUUUUUCACCAGACUCAGCUUUUGCAUCAGAAUAUUCAGUUCCACCCUAUACAGAAGAAAAGAAAGAUGUUAUGCCCGAUUCUUCGCUCAGCACGAUAACUACAGCAGAGCACAUCAUCCUUUCUGAAGAAAAUGAUGAGGAGCAGAUGGAACCUUUUUCUCCAGACUCAGCUUCUGUAUCAGAAUACUCAAUUCCACCCUAUGCAACAGAAAAGAAAGCUAUUGAGCCCGACUCUUCCCUCAGCACAGUAACUACAGUGGAGCACAUCGUCCUGUCAGAAGAAGAUGAUGAAGAGGAGAUGGAACCUUUUUCACCAGACUCAGCUUCUGUGUCAGAAUAUUCAGUUCCACCCUAUGCAACAGAAAAGAGAGAUGUUAUGCCCGAUUCUUCACUCAGCACAAUAACUACAGCGGAGCACAUCAUCCUAUCAGAAGAAGAUGAGGAGGAGGAGAUGGAACCUUUUUCUCCAGACUCAGCUUCUGUAUCAGAAUAUUCAAUUCCACUCUUUGCAACAGAAAAGAAAGAUAUCGUGCCCGAUUCUUCCCUCGGCACAAUAACUACAACAGAGCACAUCAUCCUAUCAGAAGAAGAUGUGGAGGAGGAGAUGGAACCUUUUUCUCCAGACUCAGCUUCUGUUUCAGAAUAUUCAAUCCCAACAUAUGCAACUCGUGAGCUAUCAAAAAAAGAAAUUGAUUUUGAUUCCUCCCUAAAUGCAGCAUCUGCAGCUGAACAUGUAGUUUUUUCAGAGGAAGAAAAAGAAAAUCGGGCCCCUUUUUCACCUGAUUCCGCAUUUAUGUCAGAAUAUUCAAUUUCACCAUUUGCCGCCAACGAACCGGAGAAGAAAGAAUUUGAGUAUGAUUCCUCUCUCCGGUCGACCCCGGCCUCUGACCGCACAAUUAUAUCCGAAGAAGAGAAUGAGGAGAUGGAACUUCUUUCUCCAGACUCAGCAUCGGUCGCUGAAGAUUCAGCCUCACCAUUCCAGGCCCACGAACCGGACACGAAUUACCUCGAGCCUGGCUCGCUGCUCACGGCCAUGUCUGUGUCUGAGUGUUCCCUGUUUUCAGAAGCAGAGGAGGAAGAGAUGGAGUCAGACACCCAACAUCCAUCAAAAACCGUUUCUGAACAUCUCAUUUUGUCCCAGAGGCAAAUAAUUAAGCCUCCCUCUCCGAUGCUUGAGACUAAACAUUUGGCACCACAAGAGUUGACGGAUGGAGCGGAGAAAGAAAUUAACCUGAGAUCGUUAGAGAGGGCCACAUCCGCUUCUGAGAGUGUGGUUUCUCCUAAGGGGCAGGGAGAGGGCCACCCAGAUUUCCCAAUGCCUGCGGACUCUGUGUCAGUAUUUGAAAAAGUACUGGAGCCAGCCCCAUCUGGAGAUUUUCUUUCUUCGCAAGUAGAAAAGGAUGAAAUUGGACUGGCCCCCCAAGAAAUUUCACUGUCUAUCCCGGUGUCUUCACCUUCAUCCCAGAAGCAAGACGAGGAACGAGGUUCUCCAAAAGCUCCUGUGUCUGUGACUGAGCCCUUAAUUACCCCAUUUCCAGAUGAUGAGCCAGAGGAGGCCAUGAGGCCUGAGUCAUCACCAGGUGUGGCGUCUGUGUCGGAAUGUUUACCAGCUGCCAAGGACCAAAAGGAGGAGGAUCACCAUACCCCACUACAGGCCACUUCCAGGUCUGGAGUUUUACCAGAAGUAGAAAACAAAGAAAAGCCCGUUGCAAAGCCGAGGAGCUCCCGGCAGGCUCAGGAUUUAACUUCCUCAGAGGCAGAGAAGGAAGUUCCAGGCCUGCCUGAAGGAAGAAAGGAAGAACUCCAGGGGAGUUCAUCACCCGAGUCGACGGCAUCUGGAUCCGAACCAUCAGUCGUGCCCCCACAAAGAAAGAAAACCACUGAACAUCUGAUUGCAACAUCUGGAUCUGAACCCUCUGUCCCACCAGAAGAAAGAGAGGAAAACAUCAAACUCUGUUCCCCUGGCGAUUUGACAUCUGGAACUGAGCGCUCAGUCCUGCCAGAAGAAAGAAAGGAAGAUAUUCAACUUGGUUCCCCCGGGGAAUCAACACCCACACCUGAACAUUCAGCUGAGCCCCCACAUAGAGAGAAAAAUAUUGAAGUUGGCUCUCCAGAGGCUACAACGUCUAAGUCCGAGAACUCAUUCUUGCCUGAAGAUAGGAAGAAAAGCAGUGAGACUUCUCCAACCCUAAUGACGUGUGUAGCUGAACAUACCAUUUUAAACAAAGAAGGGAAGAAAGACAUUUCAUCAGGUUUGCCACUCUCCACAACGGCUGGAUAUGAAUCCUCUAUUCUACCUAAAGUACAAAAGAGAGAAACCGAACCUCGCUCACAACCACCCAAAGCAGAUUUGCCCGAGUCUUCUGUUUUAUCAGAAGUUGGAAGGGCAGAAAAUGAGACUGUGAUCCCACCAACUAAAACCCCUUCAGCCGACCCUUCUGUUGAACCUCCCAAGACAAUACCUGAACAUCUUUCUCCCUCAAUUAUGCCCAAAACCUGGAUUCCACUGUCAUCCGCUGAUGAAACAGAGGAAGGGAAAGUUGAGUCUCACUUAUCAGAAGAAAAGAGAAAAAUGGAAGCUAUUCCAAGUGAAUCAGAAAACUUGAUGUUCGAAGAGGUAAUCGCCACAUCACCAAUUGAUACCGGCGACAGGAAUAGACACGAGUUGACAUCUCAUUCCCCAGACGAAGAAUUUUUGCCAGAAUAUCUGUCAGAAAAGUCAGGUGCUCUUUUGUCGAGUUUUGCUUUGGAAACUGGGACAAAAACUUUGCAGCGUCACCCGCCAGAAUCACCACGUCUUGUGUCAGAGGAAUCAAGUGCCUUCAUUAAUGAAAACGUGUCUGGAGAUUUCAAACAAGCAACAUUACCUUCACCUGGGACAGGGAACUUGAUGCUGGAAACUCAGACGAUGGAGUUGGUUUCCACAAGUGAAGAAGGAACAUCGAUGGCUGAGAAUCUUAGUGCUGAAAAAUUGCUCAGAGAAACUCCAUCUCACAUAUCUGAGGUGGUGGUGCAUUCAGAGCCUGGUAAAUUAGUAACCUCUUCAGGCAAGGAAGACCAUCUAGGACCUCAGUCGUAUCUGUUUUCCUUAAAAGCAUUAGAGGAAGAGCCCGGUAUUAGGAUUUCCAAAGAUUUGGCAGGCAGUGAAGAAGCAGUAGAAGAAACUCACUUUUUGCCUCAGGUGGAAGAUCUGGCAGCCCAAGGGUCGAAGUUCAUUUUAUCCAGGCACCAUGAAGAGCUGGAUGUAUCUGUCACUGCACAAAGCCUGACAGAGAAAUUAAAAACAGUUGCUCCUGUCCUCCAGGAGGAGCAUAAGGAACAAGAGACACUUUCCUCAGACAAAGUCCAUUUGCUAUCUGAUGCAUUAAUAACCAGUCCACCUGAGGUACAAAUUCUAGGAAUUCUAUCUGAAUCAUCUGGAAGAGCAAGCUUCCCUGAGGAAGAGAUCCAGUCUGCUGAAUGUGCAGACAUUAGUGGCGCCCAGAGAAAGGAAUCCCCUCUUCCCCAGGAGUCCCAAAGUUUCACCAAAGGAACGUCAAUAGGAGACUUGCCCAGACCUUUUGAAGAAAGCAAACAGCUGGAUUCUUCAUACACCAAGCAGAGAAUAUUAGAGGAAGUGAAGCCUGCUUCCCCAGGUGAUGAUCGGACAUACGGAGAUGGGAGGCGAGACACUCCAGUCCCCUCGGCCAGAGACAUGGAAGUAUCGUUACCAGAGGCAACACCAGAUAUAGGUAGAUCUGCUGACGAUAGAGAGGAAUUGGGAAAAGCAGCCUGUCCUUUGGAGGGAUUCCAGGUGUCAGGGGAGUCCAAAACUGCUGUUCCGAUGGAAAACACAACAUUGGAUAAACAAAUCCAUUCUUUGGUAGAGUCUGACAGCUUGAUAUUAGAAAAGUCCAACGCUGAAUUUUCCAGGCCCUGUAAAGGCGAUAACCAGAAAGAACUAUUUUCUGAAGGAAUCAGUGGGGUCUCAGAGCCUGCCUUGUUGAAACAUGAAACUUCGAGACCAGAAAGUAUCACUUCUUCAUUUAAAGAACCCAACUUCCUGGAAGAAGAAGCAAAAACCACAUUAGGUAGCUCUGUCGACAGUGAGGAUCUGGAAAGUUCACCAUUUUCUACAGUUCUGGGAGAACCCAGUUCACCGUUUUCUACAGUUCUGGGAGAACCCAGUUCACCAUUUUCUACAGUUCUGGGAGAACCCAAAAUGGUCAUUUCAAAAACUGUGAAGGAUACUGUUGAAGCACAAGAGCCUGAAACAAGUCCUGUUCCUAAGGCAAAGACGCUGGAAGAAUCCACAUGCUCCUUAAGUCAGAUUAAUGAAAGAGCUCAGAAAGCAGUGCCACCUGACUCCUCUGAAGGAGGAAGCAGAGUAACUGAACAACAGAAACCGGCCACGCCAGACAAGAAAGUGAAUAAAGGGGCAUCAUCAUUUACCUCAUGGAUGGCCAGUUUGUUUUUUGGAGGGAGCACUUCCAAAAGCAACCGUGAUGAAACCGAAGGCUUAGAAACUCCCCCUGGCCCUUCUGUGGAAACAGAUUCUUUGGUGGAAGAGUCGAAAGCCUCUCCCAUCGAACCCGCCGAUCUUAACGAAGCACAGAAGCCAGCGUUACCUUCCGAGUCAGAGCUCGGAGUUUCACCCAAAGAGGAGCCGAAGGCCAGUUGGUUUAAACCCAGGGAAGAGAAAAGGCAGGAAAGGAGACCACCUGAAAGGGCAAGUGGGGAUUUAGAACAGCCCAAGCCAGCAGCUCCAGACCUCACAGACGAAGGUAGGACAAAGGAAUCAGAGAAGCCAAAAACCCACCCUGUUGCAGAGUUUAAGGUUCUGACGGUGGAAGAAUUCCAAAAUGCUGUAAUUAAAGAUGGUGGGGAAGGAGCCCAGGGAGAAACACCAGGGCACCCAGCAAAGACAGGAGAAAUCCCGUCAGAACAACCAAAGCCUGAUUCUGAGGAGCUCAUCGAGGUUCCCUGGGGGCAGGACCCUCAACUUUAUGUGGGUGAGAGAGCUGAUCGGUGGCCUGAAGAACCAGCAAAUACAAACAUCGAUUCCACUCAGGAUCGAGGAGACGCCACAGCGCAGCUGUACGCAUUUCCCAAAGAGGUUGAGAAGGCUGUCCCGGUUGCUAGGGAUGCCAAGGAAGAACAAAAGCCAGAAAUCCAUCGUCCCUUUGAGGCAAACAUUCCGGUCGGAGAGGCUAAGAGUGCCCCAGCUAAUCGAGCUGAGGAACGUGACCAAGGAGAAAUAUGUGAUAAAGGAGAUGAGGAACAGGAACCACCAAUGCCUGCUUCCUCGAACUUCACAGGUGAUAGUGUGACCUGGGAAUUCCAGACCCCAGCAGUAUAUCCCUUAGCUGAGUCUAGGAUUUUAGCAGUAGGAGAAGCCCAACCCAGUUUACUUAAACGUGACAUAGAAAGAAAGGAGGAAAAAUCACCAUUUUUGCCACCUGCUGUGGGAGUAGGAGGGCUCUCAGAGCAACCAAAGGCUUAUGCGUCCCUUGACGUCUCUAAAGCAGAAUCAAAAUUAAGACCCGAAAGCCACCUUAAUGAAAAAGAUGAUUUGGGAAGUCAGCCUUAUUCUUUUGCAGAAAUAAAUAUCCUGGAAGGAAAAUCAGAGAAAGUGGCUCCAUUUGUUCCUGGAGUUGUAAGCAAGAGGAACGUGGGCUUCUCCAGUGACUCAAGACCUUGGAAAUAUGUAGGAUCAAAAGAAUUGGAAAUAUGUUAUUGCAGUGAAAAAGAAGAGAAACAAAGUCCACUGGACCUCGCUGGGAGAACAGGAAUGGCAUCAGAGCCUUCAACAGCUCCUGCCCCAAGCCUCACUAAGGAGUCCAACAAGGAGCAAAUUCCACCCUUUUCCACCUGGACAUCUAGUUUACCGGCAGAAAAGUCAGCGGUCCCCGAAGAAAAAAUUAUUAGUCAAAAAGAGAAUCUAGCGUCGCAGCAUAAGUCUCCCGGGGAAACUAAUCUGGUUUCAGAAACCGGGGUGUCAGGGGUUCCCAAGAAGGAGAUUGAGAGACCAGAACGUCACCUGCUCUCCAACUCAGGAGUUGGCAGGUUUGAGCUGCAAAAAGUCACGGCCCUUGUACACAGGCCUGAAGAGGAAGAAAGAUUGUUUUAUUCUUCCAAAAGAGCACAUAUAGAGGCAGAGCUAACAGAAGCUGAUGCUUCACAAAAUCUGAGGCAGACCCCUCAGCCUGAUUUGGCUAUAGUGACCGGUUGGGCGUCAGAAGAAUCUGUAAUGACUCUAGACCGUCCCUCUGAAAGAACAGAACACUUAGCAAAGCAGCAGUAUCCUUCAGCCAAAGCAACAUUGUCACUUGUAGAGUCCCAGACGGUGGUUUCGAAGGCCUCUCCAGAGAUGCAAGCAGCAGAGAAGGAAGAAAUUGCUCCAACCUCUCCCCCUCCGCCACCGCUGCCUCCAAGGAGGACUGUUCAUACUACGCAAAUGUCCAAAGACAUUCGAUCAAGUUCCCCCACACUCUCUCCUUUGGCUUCGAAGCAGAUUUCCAGUGCAGUAACCAGGAGUGAUGCCCUCCCACCAAAACCAUUCCCCCUAGCAACUGGGCAGCCUGAGCAAGUGACUGAGGACAAACUAACCGCCAACCUGAGUGAGGCUGGCCCCACUGAGGUAACGCCCGAGGAGCCUGAAAUUGUUUAUACAAAGGAAGAAAAAUUUGCCGAUCCGUCGGUGUCUUCUCAGUCAGCUGGAUUUGUGUCGGGGCCCGAAGAUCAGAAAAAUCAGUUUAAUAUAAUUUCCGACAGUUGUGAGAUACUGAGUAUUCACGCUGCCGCCUUUAUUUCUUCAGUUGACCAAGAGGAGAGUAAAAGAAUUCAGGAAGAAGUCGAGUAUUUAGAAGAAAGCUCCUCUCUCAAAACUAGACUUCUUCACGAUGGCCGUGGGGAGACAGGCGGUCAGCAAGGUUUUCAGAGAGAAUCACCCGCAGGACACCCUGAUGAUGGUGCCAUUGAGGUGACCGAACAGAGGCAAACAGAAACACCCAAAAGUGACAGGGACAUUUCUGCAAAUUCCCAAAAUGACGAUUUGGGUUUUGGUCAUCCUGAUACGACCAGUGACGUGGAUUAUUUUGAAAAAUACACCUUAAUCGAUUACAACAUCAACCCUGAGCCAGAAGAGCAGAAACCCAUUCAGAUGUGGGCCAUUCAGGAGCAAACCCCACAGAAGGUUUCGAAAGGGAUGGACUUACUCCCGGAAAGCCCGGAGGAAAGUGAAUUUCAUGUAGUGGAAUUGGAUACAGCCUUUCAUGAAACUGAAAAAGAGCAUGACCGAUUAUUGCCCACAGACUCUGCUCAAUUCUCGGUGACCCCAGAGUCGGCUGACCAGGAUAUCAGUAAGGAAGCGAACAGAGAAGAUGUGGGCUUGAAGGCACUCAGAGAACCCUUAUCGGACACCAAAGAAGAAAUCUUGUCCCAAACUGUACUGUUCCCUUCGGCAGCUAAAGCUGAGGAUCCAGAAUGUCGUGCGGAACAGCCUGUGUCUGAGUUCUUCGAAAAGGUCCUCUCCGAAGAGGCGGCGGGAGGCAGAAGGAAAGAAGUCCAGGUGAUUUCAGACAGGGCGAGCAUGAAUUCUGAGGCUCCAUCCCCAGGGAGGGACUCCGACGCAGACGAAGGAACCGGACUCUAUUUCGAGAAGUACACUCUCAAAGACGACUUUCUACAUGGCACUCCUGGGCCUCAGAAAGAUGAAAAUUGGGAAGAUAAACCAGGAAGAGGAGAGGACUCCUAUCUGCUGCUUCCUGAAGGAGAGGAAGUUUGGGGGGGGCUUGGAACUAUUUUGGGGGAGGAGAAAAUGGGAAAGGAAGAGAAAGCUAUUUACAGUGAUGGAGGAGGAACGGGUGGCAGUGUGGAGGACAGCAGUGACCUAGGGCUGCAGAAGGAAGCCCCCGUUAUGGAGGAAAUUAAAAUGGUGACUCAGAAAAUCACCUAUGCCAUCCCAUUCGAAGACACGCAUAACGUUUUGGAGAGAGUAGAUGAAUCCGCAAGCCAGAGCAAUGAAGAAACUGCUGUGGCAGGGGCAGACCAACAAUUCCCACUGCAGACGCCAUGUCAGGAGGAAGGAUUUGUUUCGGAUGAAGCUUCUUUGCAAGAUAACCAGCAAGAACAGGCUAAAAUAGCCUCAACUCCUAAAAUGCAGGAAUACCCGUCUGGGGAUAGAUCCCUUCCCCAGGAAGAUAGAGACUUUGCUGAAUCAAUGGAUUUUGAAUUGGUUAGCCAAGAAGAUGUCUUAUCAGAUGAAUUGUUCUCUGAGAGCAUACCGGAAGAUGUGUUAUCUGAAGGGAAGGAGUCUUUUGAACACGUGAGCGAGAGCUAUGAAUUUGUGAAGGAGCCAAAACCAAGUACGCCUGGGGAGUGGCAAGAUUCGGGUUUGGAGAUCGGUCAAAGAAAGUCACCGGUGGAGUUAACGGAAACCGAGACCAUGCAGAAAGAAUCAAAUAAGUCCCAAAUUGAUGCUUUCUGUUACACAUGCAAGUGUCCGAUUCCAGCCAUAGACAAAGUCCUCGGCAUCCACAAAGACCAUGAAGUUUCCACACUGGACACAGCUAUAAGUGUGGUAAAGGUUCAGUUAGGGGAAUUUCUCGAGACUCUACAAGAAAAGUCACUGAAGAUUGAAGCUUUUGUUACAGAGAUUGAAUCCUUUUUUAAUACUAUUGAGGAAAACUGUAGUAAGAACGAGAAACUUCUCGAAGAGCAGAAUGAAGAAAUGAUGAAGAAAGUGCUGGCCCAGUAUGACGAGAAGGCCCAAGGCUUUGAGGAGGUGAAGAGAAGGAAAAUGAGCUAUCUCCAUGACCAGAUGGUGAGCUUCCUCCAAAGCAUGGAGUCGGCCAAGGAGACCCUGGAAACAAUUGUGAAAGAAGCAGAGGAACUGGACGAAUCCGUUUUCCUCGCGUCAUUUAAGGAAAUCAAUGAAAGGCUCCUUUCCGCAAUGGAGAGCACCGCGUCUUUGGAAAAGAUGCCGACUGCCUUUUCACUCUUCGACCAUUACUCGGACAGCUCAGCCAGAAGUAACCAGACGUUAAAACACAUGGCCGUUCCCCAGGCCCCGAGGUUGGAGCCCCAAGAGCCUAACUCGGCCACCGGCACGACGAUAGCAGUCUACUGGAGUGUGAGUAAAGGAGACAUCAUUGACUCUUUCCAAGUAUACUGCGUGGAGGAACCUCAGGAUGACCGAGAGCCAAAUGCUUUGGUGGAGGAAUACAGGGUCACGGUGAAGGAAAGUUACUGCGUCUUCGAGGACCUGGAACCAGAUCGGUGCUACCAAGUGUGGGUCAUGGCUGUGAACUUCACAGGCUGCAGUUUACCUAGUGAGAGGGCCCUUUUCAAAACAGCUCCGUCCACCCCCGCGAUCAAGGCCGAGGACUGCACCGUCUGCUGGAACACGGCCACCAUAAGAUGGAGCAAAGCCAAUGCCGCGCCCACCGACACCUACACCGUCGAAUACUGCAGGCAGAACUCCCCCGAAGGGGAAGGACUCCGGUCCUUUUCCAGAAUUAAAGGAAUGCAGCUGAAAGUUAACCUCCAGCCCAAUGAUAAUUACUUCUUCUAUGCAAAAGCUGUAAAUGCUUUUGGGACGAGCGAACAGAGCGAAGCCGCCCUCAUCUCCACCAGAGGAACCCGCUUCCUCUUGCUGCGAGAGACCGCUCACCCUGCCCUUCAGAUCUCCCCGGACGGGACGGUGAUUUGCUUCGCAGAGCGGAGACGCCUCACGGAGAUUCCCUCCGUCCUGGGGGAGCGGUUACCUGCCGGCGGCCAGCACUACUGGGAAACCACGGUGGCGGACUGCCCGGCUUACCGAAUCGGGAUUUGCUCCGCUUCCUCGGAGGCAGCGGGCAGCGCCCUGGGCCCAAGCAACGCUGCGUGGUACAUGCACUGCUCCGAGCCACAGAGAUACCAGUUCUUCUCCAACGGGGUCGUAAGUAACGUGCACGUGUCGGAGAGGCCGGCCCGUGUGGGGGUCCUGCUGGAUUACGGCGGCCAGAGGCUGUUGUUCCGGAACGCCCAGAGCGGCCAGCUGCUCUUCGUCAUCCGGCACAGGUUCGGUGAAGCCGCCCACCCGGCCUUCGCCCUGGAGAGGCCCGGGGCACUCACCCUGCACACCGGCGUAGAACCACCCGACUUAGCCAAACACAAGUAACCGGGAUCUCAAGAAGCACAGAGAUCCGGGAAACAAACGGUUCAAAAGCAAGGGGGACUUGACCCUCCCUUCCCGAAACCGGGCACGGAUAAAUGGUUCUCCCCCACGGCCACGUCGACGAUGACUGUCAAUACCAUGAUGGCAACGUAAAGACUUACUGACGCCUCAGAUUUAGAACGCGCCCCGGGACGGGAGAGCAUUGAGCGUGUUUUCGAGGAUUCGCGUUACGACCGUGGAUCCAGAGGGGAAAAGCUGCAUCCCUGCGCCUGACCCUCCUCCUUGAUGGUCGAUGAAAUAGUCGAAGAGAGGUUGGGGGAAGGAAUCUUGCCUGGGGAUUCGCUGACCGCUGAUGGAAGAAAACAGACUUUUUCCACGGGAAAAGACCCAGCACGGCCCCAAAAGAUGACCAACUGUCACCCUUGGAAAGUACUGCUCCCUGAAAAUAGUUCACCUGUGUAAAGGUCACGCCUAGCCACUGUAAAAUAACGGAUGCUGUCGCACACGGGUUCCUUUUCGCUAAAUCACAACGUAGGAAGAAGCCAUGCUAAACCUUAGAAAAUCCAUUUUGACAAAUAAAUGGGUAGAGAACGUAAAAUGGAGA